AUGAAUUUGCCAUAGGUAUUCAGUGUAUUCACAGAUAAUAACUAAUUUGAGAAAUUCAUUGAAGAUCUUGUGGCUGACUGUGUCCAUGGAAUUAAAUUACCUUAUUUGAGUCAAUUUCCUGAGAUCAAUCAUUAUAAUCUAAUUGUUGAGGCCCAAUAAUUUAUGCAGUAGUUUAGUGAAUACUUGUUGGAAAUGAAUAAUCAAAACAGAGAAGAAGUACUCUUCAAUAUUAAAAUCAGGUCUAAAGAUUAUUGGAAAAAUUAAAAACAUAAAUAGAUGCAGAAAAACACUAGAUCUUCACCAGAAUAAUAACUGAGAACUUUAAAGGGAUGUGUAAAUAAGCAUUAUACACACAUAUUGCAUUGUCCAAAUAUGUAUUAAUUGAUUACAAUUGGAAUUUGAAUGUACAUUCUAAUAAUUCUAUAUAGUUAACAAUAUCAUCCAAUAAAAUAGCCAAGUCAUAGAUUCCUACAAUAAUAGUGGAAUUGCAUUUGCAAACAUUAGAUAAUAUAGCCAAUAAAAAGAAGAUUAGGUUUGAGAUGACUAAAGAAGAACUAGAAUAGUUUGUAGGUAAAUUAUAAAAAGUUAUGA